CUCUGUCUUUGCCUUUCUCCGCGAUCUCUUUUUUCUGUUCUUCACCAUCUCGUAUUAGGUAAUUUCGACGUUGUUUACCUAUAGUGUUGGAGGAAAGAUCUACCAUUUACUAAGCGCCAAUCUCUUGGUGCAAUUGAGAAGCGGUUUUUAAUCAUGGCAUUCGUACUUUCGGCCCUGUUGCUGGCCUCUGUUGCCUCUGCUCAGUUCGAGACCACGGCCUCAUUGAGAUCUGUUUCCGCCCCAAUCGAGACCGCACCCUCCAGGACCUCGGAAGCACCAUUCUCGACAGAGACGUUGUCCAUCCCCACACCAACAAGCAACCCUGGAGAGCCUUGCGCGCAGCUCGCAGAACUCGUUUUGGACGGUGACAGGAGAUUUCCUGCCGAGCUUGUUCACAAUUGUUUGAACUCGGUCCCAGUCGACAAGGAUGGCGACUCGAAGCUCCUCGAUGAACUCAAGAUCCUUUGGGAAUGGCAGUCUGAUGGAGGCUGGUUGAAGAAGACGCCUGACACAUGGUCUAAUGGAGCUCUCGACAUCGAGAAGGAGCUAGACAACAUCAAGUCCAACCUCGACAAGUUCGAGAGCGAGUAUGCAGUUCAAAUGGCUAUCCAAAAUAUCACAAUCAGGAGCGGUAACUUCCAUUUCAACUACCGCCCCGAUAUUACGCGUAUGUUCCGUUUCUGGCGAGGCGUUGGUGUCAUGGCCAUCUCUGAGGACGGUAUCAAGCUCCCAAAACUUUACACCGAAUCUGAUGCUCUCGCCAUGGCCUCCUCCGAUGCCACUAAGUUCUCCGAGAUCGAGCAGAUCAACGGACAAGAUGCUUGGCAGUACCUAGAGUCGGUCGCCAACCUGGAGCAAUAUCUUGAUCUUGAUGCCCGUAUGGCAAACGUUUUCACCCCAAGCGGUGGCGAGUCUUACGGUGCUUUCGAGGUCCAGGCCAACUAUCACGGGGCCGAGACCGAGAUCAAGUUUAAGAACGGCAGCAGUGCAACCUUCCAGAACUACGCUCGUUUUGGUACAGCUUCUGCCUACGCACGGGGCGAUUUCAACGAGACUUCUUACUGGUAUGACGUCCUUGAUGGAGCUUCGCUGUUCGAUGUCUUCUGCCAAGGUAACUUCACUGGAGAUGUCGUCGGCAACCAGUUCUCGAACGAUAAGAACACCACCAGCUUCGAAGCUCCCGUUGCUCAAAAGUUGGACGAUCGUCCUGUUCACACCGGAAAGAUCCGCACUCCCCAGCACCUCCGCAAGCGCCAAACCAUCCCUGAGACCUACCCCGAGCCUAUCGUUGAGGAUACAAGCGAGGUCGUCGCAGGUUACUUCCUCGAAGGCCAAGGGUAUCAGGAUGUUGCCGUCUUGAAGGUCAUUUCUUUCAGCCCCGAAGAAGACACCAACGGAGAGGAGUUCCAGGCUACUGUGGCUGAAUUCUUGGCCCAGGCCAAGCAAGAGAAGAAGACGAAGCUUGUUAUCGACUUGCGCGAGAACGGCGGAGGCAUGAUCCAGCUUUACCUCGAUCUCUUCAAGCAGCUCUUCCCCAAGGAUACUCCCUACUCUGGUCAAUACUGGCGUGCGCAAGAGCAGUUCCUUGGAAUUGGUGAUGCCGUUUCUAAGAUCAUCGACGAGAACAAGGGCAGUGAGUACACCAAGGACCUUUUCGCACAAUCGUUCUACUUCUGGGCCUACUGGGUGUACAAGACUGGUAAGGGCGAGUACUUCAAGAGCUGGGACGACUUCAACGGCCCCGUUGAGCUGAACGGCGACUCUUUCACUACCCUGAUGCAAUGGAGCUUGGACAACGUUGAGACCAACGUUCUCUUGUCUCCUGGCUUCAACUUCUUCAACGACAGCUCUCAGAACCCCCCAUUCGAGGCCAAGAACAUCGUCAUGCUUACUGAUGGACUCUGCGGUUCUGCAUGCGCUGCCUUCGCAGAGAACAUGAAGAACCUUGCUGGCGUCAAGACUGUCGUUGUCGGUGGUCGCCCCGAGAACAAGCCUAUGCAGGGUGUUGCUGGCAGCAAGGGUGGCCAGGUCUCUAUCGCCGGGCAAUUCCCUGACCGCGCCAAAAGGUUGAUCGCGUACUCCGCAACUGCCAACUAUGAGAACAACUUGAACAACACCAAGGUCAAGGAUCUUGCCGAGCUCGAGCAAGUUCUGAUCCGCGCCGGUGAUGAGCGCAAUCGUGUGCAGGUUAAGGAGCAUCUCCGCAAGGGAGACGACACAGGCACCCCGCUCGAGUUUGUGUACGAAGCAGCUGACUGCAAGAUCUUCUACACCGCGAAGACCUGGGUCGACCCAAGUGGCCUCUGGGCCCAGACCUGGGAUGCCUUCAACGACGACAAGAAGUGUGUCGAGGGCUCUACCAAGCACGAGUCCAGCAUCAGCGGAGGCUUCAAGCCUUUCGGAACUGGCGAGGUCAAGGACGAAGAUCUCCCCAAGUCUACGCCUACGAGCCAGAAGCCAGGGCAGUCUGGUAAGCCCAACUCCGCUGGUAGCAUUCGCGUUAGCGUUGCAGCGUUCGCAUUGGUGAUCGCAGUUGCGAUAUCGAUGAUGUAAUGGGAGGUUUGAUUGGUGGUUUUCGACGACGUAAUUUUCAGAUGAGAUACCCCGAUGAUGUUUGAGCAUUGUUGUCGGCUCCCAUGGUUAAGAAGUUCCUUCAUGUUGUACAAAUGCAUAGCGAUAUAUAGGCACAAGCCUACAAAAAUAUAAACCACAAAUUGAUUUUAGAACCUUA